GCUGGACCCCCACUCUCGCCAAUGGCUCUCUGAAAUCCGCGACAGCGCUUCUCCGGCCUGUGAAUUAUAUAAGUACAGGUACAUGUCCUCGGUUCGAGGCCAUUCUCGUUGACGUAUCCGUACCGUUCGUCGAUCAAUUUGCUAUCCCUUUGUCAAGCCUCCGCACCUCUGCAACGUCUUCGUCAAUAUAAAACCCAUCAGACUUCCGCCAGAAGCACCCAUACCUACCAUGUCACCGCAUAACGACGCCCCUUCUCCUGCACAUAGCUUCAACUCUCGCUCGGGGUACCCUAUCCACCACCAGGCUGUGCAAUCAAUCUACGCCAUGAGCCACUAUAACGACUCUUUCGAAACAAGCUCCGUCGAGUCUGGAGACGUGGGCUUGCGGCGGUCGCUAGUGCCAGGUAUCUACGUCCCCACAGUGGCCUUCUUCGACCCCAUGACCGACAAUGUCGACGUCGAGACAACAGCCAACCACGCUGUCCGUCUAGCAAAAGCCGGCGUCGCUGGCAUCACCACCCAAGGAUCGAAUGGCGAGGCGGUCCACCUCUCACAUACGGAGCGUAACCUGAUCACCAGCACCACUCGUAAAGCGCUAGACGACUCUGGCUUUGGUUACAUGCCCGUCAUUGUCGGCUGUGGCGCUCAAUCCACCCGGGAGACGAUCGAGCUUUGCGAGGAGGCCGCCUCCGCUGGCGGAGACUACGCUUUGGUACUACCGCCCGCAUAUUACCAAGGAUUGUUCUCCAAAGACACCGUCAUCAGCUUUUUCCGAGACAUAGCGACGGCCUCACCUAUCCCUAUACUCAUCUACAACUACCCUGGCGCCGUAUCAGGACUGGAUCUCAACUCGGAUGCCAUCACUGAGCUCGCCCAGCAUCCAAAUAUUGUCGGCUGCAAAUUGACCUGCGGUAACACCGGCAAGUUGAACCGCAUCGCGGCCGCCACGCGUGCUGCCACUCUCUCUGACCCCGGAUCUGGUUUCAUGUGCAUGGGUGGCUCCGUGGACUUCACCCUUCAAACCCUGAUUGGGGGAGGAUCUGGAAUCAUCGGCGGCAUGGCGAACAUCGCGCCUAAGGCCUGCGUCAGGCUGGUUGAGCUGUUCGAGGCCGGCGAGCACGCAGAAGCACGCAAGCUGCAAGCCGUUGUGGCUCGCGGCGACUGGGCGGCCAUUCAGGGCGGCAUCAUCGGCACCAAGGCUGCCCUCAUGUCCCACUUUGGGUAUGGAGGCUAUGCUCGCAAGCCUCUUCCCAGGCCGAACAAGGAAGAAAUCCGCAAGUGGCGCGACGCAUUCGAAGAGCUGGUCAGAGUUGAGAACUCUCUAUGAACUCCCACCGUCGUAUUCUCCGCUCAGAACGUGCGUCAGCCGCAUCGCCAUGAGAGAUCCCCUUCCUUUCUCUGCUCUUCCCCUGCUUUCGUCGACAACAUCGACCUUAAUGAGUUUCGCUUGCGACGAUCUGCGAAGUCCUCAUGUUCGCGGCACACACGAUUCAGCAUCUUCACCGGCGUUGAGCUCUUUGCAUUAUCUGUGGCGUUUCCUUUGGCUUGAGCGUCUCGCUUCCUUGCGCUGGUCUGUGUCCUAGGCG